ACAUAAUACAUUUCAUCAUUUACAAAAUCAAUAUAGUUUAAAUAGUAGAGGAUUACUUGAAUUUGGAAAUCUUCUAAUUGAUAUGGCUUAUUUUGAUCAUGCGGAAAAAUAUUUUAUUCGAUUAUUAAAACAAUUAUCUUCUCAACAUAAAAAUAUUUAUAAAUGUUAUCAUGGUCUUGCUAAAAUAUCUUGUGAAAAAGGAAAUUAUGAUUUAAGUCUCGUUUAUCUUUUUAAAUCGCUUGAAAUUUUACAAAAUAUAAAUUCAAAUGAUUCUAAUAUUGGUUAUCUUUAUAAUAGUAUUGGUGAAGUUCAACAAAAAAAAGGUGAUAUUAAACAAGCAUUACAAUCAUAUGAAAAAGCAUUAACAAUUUUUCAACAACAAUCCAAUUGUAAUGAACAGACUCUAGCAUGGUGUUAUAAUAAUUUAGGUACUAUUUAUGAGGAUAAAAAAGAAUAUGAUAAAGCUCGUAACUAUCUUAACAAAGCAUUAAAUAUUAAAUUAAAAUAUCUUCCUCCUAAACAUCCUUGUUUAGGUAAUACAUAUAAUAAUCUUGGUAAUAUUUAUUAUUAUUUUCAUGAUUAUGAUCAAGCAUUAGACAUGUAUCAAUUAUCAUAUGAAAUCUUUAGUAAAAGUAUUGCGCCUGGACAUCCUUCAAUAGCUAGAAUAUUGAUGAAUAUAGGUAUUGUUUAUGAAGCUAAACAAGAUUUUAAUGAAGCAAAAAUAAAUUAUGAAAAAGCAAAUUUUAUUCGUACAAAAAUUUUAUCUUCAACACAUCCUGAUCGAAUUAGUACUCAAAAUGAUCUUAUUCGUCUGUCCUUAAAAUUUUAA